AUGAGUGAGAGUUCGCCGCCCUCACGCCAUCAGAUGGGCCUUGUCGCCUGCACUUGCUACGUUUUUGGUAUGUUAUUCGGAUCAAAUUUCUUGUUUUUCUGAAUAAGACGAUAUAAAAAUUGAUCUUAAAAUUCAGCCAACAUCGUUGGAGCAGGAAUUUUCAUCACACCUGGUCCGAUUUUCGCUUACACGUCGUCCAUCGGACUUGCUUUGUUGGUCUGGGCCGGAUGCGGUUUGAUCUCUAUUAUUGGUGAGACUUCUUUGUUACUUUUUUGUAUUAAAUCCCGAAAUUCAGGUGGAAUUUGCUACAUCGAGCUCGGAACUUCGAUUUUGGAGCCGGGAUGCGACUUUGCUUAUGCUGUAAGUUUUUUUGAAAGUUGCUGAAAAACCUUUUUGCUUCGCUGGUUUCAGUCAAGAUAAAUUUGUUCCCGGUGAAUGAUGUUUUUUUUCCUUCAAAUAGGAUUUCUUUUGGCUUGAAAUAUCGUACUCCACUGGAAUAACAUCUUCAUCGAGAUCAAAGUUUGAUCACUGGAAGAAAAUAAAUUUCAUUCAAAUUCUAAGUUCAUUUAGAAAGAGUCUUAGCGAGGUCCUGAAUGAAAACGUUGAGAUUCAGAAAUAGUAGCAGUUGACAGCGCCAGAUGCCACAUGUAGGUCUUAUCACAUGAAGCGCAGCAUUCUAUCUUAGAUAGAAGAUAAGAAAUAUAGAAAAGUGCAUAUAUAAUGCUGGACUACAAAAUGAAGGUCAAAGGAAUAUUAAGACCAAAGAAGAGUAUGAAUUUUAGUAAAAAAAAAAAAUGAAAGCCAUAAAUGGAAAAGGGGGAAAGAGUAUAACAACUCAUUAUUAAUCCGAUAUUGAAUCCAGCGAUUCUCUGGGAUCUUAUGAGACUUAGUGACUGGAUACGAACUUUACAGUCUUCUGAUAAUUUUUCCUAUAUAUUUCAAUACAAAAAUGACACUAAAAUAUUCCAAAUUACAAUUCUUGAUGUUUAAUGACACAUGCCAUGUCAACUAAAUUCCUGUCAAAACAUCUGCUAAACAUAAGUUUUCAUCUCUCCUAAUUUCAAGUCGAGAAAUUUGAUUUUUGAGAAAAAUUAAUACGUUUACUAGAUCGUAAAAAAAGUUUUUCAACUUGAUCGAUAUUUUUUUCAUAUUUUUUUAUUUUUUUCUUUUUCUUUAACAAUUGAGAAAUUUAAUUUUUUGAUCAAUUAUUCAUUUAUAAGUUUUAUUCAUAGAUGUAAUUGGCUGGACGGUGAACAAAAACAUUGAAAGCUGUAACGAACGACCGAAUUCGGCGAGUUAGAAGCUCAGAAAAGUAAUUGAUUGUAAGCAUGGUCUUAAAAUUCUUCGCCUCGUUCUUCUGCGCGUAGUCCAUUCUGUCGUGAAGUUUCUCGAUAAUCUACGUUUUGUUCUUGUUGUUUCAUGUGUCCCAAGAAUAAAUUUGUUUCAUGUGAAAGCUUCGUCGACUUAUUCCUUCCUACGGCAAUCGGAAUUGCAAUGUUUCAUCGGCACAAAGUAUCCAAAAAUAAUGCAUAAAAAUUCUACCAUGGAACGAGCCCCGCAUGGGUCACAAACAGCAGUUCACAGCUUUUUUUUUGGUGAUUUUGUGCCGAGGAAAAAAACUACGAUUUGCGCAUGUAGGAAUAAGUCGAUUUUCUCAUAAAAUAAAACGAUUCUUGAGAACCACGGAACAAUAGAGGCCACACGUGGAACAUCGUUAAAUUCCGCGACACAUUUAUUUGCUUUUUGACGAGCUCAAAGAAUUGCAGGUGUUGUAGGUGAAGCCCAAGGCCGUGUUUAAGGAGGAAGCUUCGAAAUGAAAAGAAUCAUUAUAAGUGAAAACUUUAUUUGAUUUGAAUUUUUUUCAUAUUUAUACGGAUGUUCAUUUAUAUCGGAAAUUCCUGGUUUACAGGUCUACGUAGGAUGGGAAUCACUUGCGUUUUCAUUCAUGUGGGUCGGUGUCCUGAUGAGUUACCCGGCCUCUGCAGCAAUUCAGGCACACACUUUUGGCCAAUACAUUGGUAUUUUCGAUAAAACGUUUUCAUCUUUUUCGUAUACCUACAGUGGCUGGACUGGCGCCUGUCGUUCCGAUCGAUCCACAGUGGCAAGAGUUAGUCGAGCGUGGUCUCGGUUUUGCUCUUAUCCGUGAGUGAAAGAUCCUUUGAAAAAUCAUUGAAAAUGAUUUUUCCAGUUCUCUUGACUGUUCUCAACUUCUACGCCAUCGACAAAUACGCUUCGAAAUUCCAGGUGACUAGAAAAUUUUUGUCUGGUGCGAUAAAAAUUUGAUGACGUCGUCAUAAAAAAAAGGAUGUCUCCUCCAAAAGUCCGUGAUAAGUUCGAACCUUGAUAAAAAUUCCCUCCUUCCUGUCAAUAAAACAUUCGAACUUCUGCGCACUACACUUUCUGUUUGCCGUAGAACAAACAGAAAAUAGAAAUUUACCAUUGGGGGGAAAAAGAGUGAAAACUGAAAAUUAUUAUUUUUUUUGGAGAAAAGUUGACAAUCAGGGGAUCAUAUCUGAACAUACUUUUCUCUGUGAUUCUUCGCCUGUCCGUUUCCCGAAGCUUGAGAUCAAAUAGCCUUUUUGCGAAGACAUAAAAAAACCAUUUUCAGAUCUUCGUCACAGCUGCGAAACUUCUGGCUCUGGCUGUGAUAAUUUUUACAGGAUUCUAUUACCUAAUCGUGAAAGGUUCAGCCAAUUGUAGAAAAACUUACUGGACGAGGGAUUUAGGCUGGACCCACAACUUUGAGAAUAUCAUGGCAGGGAGCAACUGGAAUCCAGGAAGUAUAGCCUUAGCUUUCUACGGCGCUUCUUGGAGCUUCUCCGGCUGGGACAUUUUGAACUACGGCACACCUGAAAUUUACAAACCGAGAAGGUUUUUAAUCCAAACUGUUUGGGUGUAGAAAUGAGAUUUUUGAGAACGAUGCCCAUUGCUCUUCUUGGUGGCAUUGCUUUGGUGACUCUUAUCUAUCUCGCAAUGAACGUUUCGUACUGUGUCGUCAUGACUCCUCAACAAAUUUCGAACAGUUCGGCUGUGGCAGUGGUGAGUUCGAAGGAGGAAAACUGCAGGCCGCCGUUGAAAUUCAGGAGUUCGCUCAGGCUACGCUUGGCAGCUUUUCCUACGCGAUUCCAUUCAUGACGGCGGUCUUGCUCAUCGGCACUCUCAACAGCAACAUUUUCUGCGCUUCGAGGGAAUGCACUACCAGCUUCAUAGCUCAUGCUUUCUUUUCUCAGGUUUACUCACGCAGCGGCUCGUGAAGGCCAUCUCCCACGAUUCCUGAGCUGCAUCAACACUGGAUCGAACAGUCCCCGAGCUGCUCUCCUUUUCCAGGUUUCUAGGCUCAUCAGAAAAUAUUGCUGAGAAGGAAGGAGCAAACUAAAGCUUUCUACGAAGUUUAUUUUUUCUUCAAAGUCCACUCUGAAGAAGUUAGUUUUAUUCUCACAACAAAACCCCUUGCAAUGAUUCAAAGAAUUUUUGAAUACCUAACAGAAGUUCAAUAGGUUCUCAUUUUGAUUUUAGUCUUCUUUAACACUUUAGUGAGAGAAGAAAUUUGAAUUGGGGCCUUAAUUUUCUGCAAAAUCACAGCACUUUUUGGUUUUUCGAACGAAAACUUUGAACUUUAUCAUCAGGAUUCUCUAAUUUCAAUUACAAUAACCUCAAAAUCAAAUUAGCACAAGAAGUUAAAAAAAAGCCUUUAAAGACUUGAACCCUGAUUGAUUUUUAAAGAAAUAGUUUGGUCUAUCUAAAAAAUUCUCAACAAAGCGGUUCAUCGUUUCUAAAAAGAAAUCUGUGCAAAAAGGUUUUCAGCUUGUUUGCAUGGUCCUUGUCUCGUUCGUCAACACCAAUGAUCUGAUCAACUACGUCACGUUCAUCAUGUUCGGUCAGAGGCUUAUUUCGAUUGCGGCUCUAUUUUGGAUUCGUUACAAGAAACUGCCAGUGGCUGCAGGUUUACCAAGAUUAUCAGAGUUGUUUUUUCAACAAACUUUCAGGAGCAAUCGAAGUUCCGAUCAUCUUCUCCAUCGUUUUCUGGCUGUUCACUGCUGCUCUCAUCGUUGUUCCUUUCGUCGAAGACACCAAGGUGAGCUUCUGAGAAAUAAAAAAACGCAAGAUGAUAAGAUAUCUUACAGAACACUAUCAUUGGAAUCAUUUUUGUCGCUGUUGGACUGGCCAUCUACUACGUUUUCGUGAAGCCGACGAAUACGCCCAACUUUUUGAUCCGCCUCAAUGGUGUGUUAUAUUUUUGCAAAAGAUAUUCAUAUUUCUCAAUCGUCAGAGCCAGAAAAUUUGUUCAGACAAUAUUUUCAAUGUUUCUAAAAAAUAUCGAUUCACAAAAAGGUCCGCCCUUUUUAAACUUGCCAAAUCAGCUUAAAAAAUCAGCCAACCAUCGACAUUUCAGACGGAAUGACUCGCGUGACGUGCCGUUUGCUGUUCUCCGCUCCCGACCUGCGCCGGGUUGCCGCCACGACUGCAACAGAGACUGCGACUGACGAGGAGCUGCACAGCCUGAACUCCGCCGAUUGCCACAAACGUAGAGAGAAAAUCACCCCCACCUACAAUGCUUAA